AUGAUAUCAGUCGCGACUCGGUCGAGGGAGCCCCAGCACGUCGUUACACCGUGUGCGCCGUGCCCCUCUUAUAGUAAUAUAUAAUAUAUAUAUAUAUAUAUAUAUAUACAUAUAUACAUCUCGAUAUAUACGAAUACCGCCCCUCCGAACGAAAAAUAUCGCGCUCAUCAUCGUCGUCCGGCUCCAUCGCUACGUCUACCUGCGGGGAGGCCUACCUGCCCUCGAAUACGCCGAGGAUACGUCGCAGCCAGCAUCCGGGGUGGCCGGGACGACGAUCCCUAUUCGACGAAUCGGUCGCGAGAGAUAUCUGUAAGACACCGAAUAGGUACGUGGCCAGAGGGAUUCGAUAAUACUCGAUAAAAAUAUGGGCGAGAAGACGUUCAAUCUUACGUGGAACAAUCACCUGGCGAACCUGUCGGGAUUGUUCGAGGCUCUUUACAAGAGCGGCUCAUUGACAGAUGCAACGUUAGCUUGUCAAGGCGGCAUGUUGAGGGCCCACAGGCUGGUACUGGCAGCAUGUAGCCCUUACUUCGAAAGAGUCUUUAAAGAACAUUAUGGAGAACAACCCAUCCUCAUUUUAAAAGGCGUAGCCGUGGAAGAGAUGGAAUGUCUCUUGGACUUCAUGUACAGAGGAUCCAUCGAUGUAGCGGAGGAGCAUCUACCCUCGCUAAUAAAAACUGCGACAGACUUGGAGAUACGCGGUCUCUCCGGAGAACAGAAAAAUCAAGAGAGUAACCGUAAUCUCUACACGAGGGUCGAAACGCGGAUGCAACGAUGCCAUAUUGAAACCAGAGUACACACUACCGAAUAUAUCAAAGAACCAUCGGUGAUUCCUUUUCUACCGAAACACUCGACCGUUGAUUCCAUAGAAGACCAUAUUAAAGUGGAGGAUAUCGAAGUGGAGGACGACCCGAUGGUAAUCGACGGGCACGAGGAUAGUUUCGACGAGCUUCCGCGAUCCACGGAAACGCAAAUUAGACGUAUACCACCACCGAUGUACAAGCGAGAAACUAGAUUCAAAGGGCAAAAAAGGGUAUGUGUAGGUCGUGUGACACGAAACAGCGACCCUUUGGAAUCGAAAGACUCCUCGCGAGAAUCGAGCUACGAGGAUUCCUCAAGAGUCGUCAAACUUGAGCCUAAUUUCAAUGACGGAUCCACGGAUGUCGCGACAUCGGGUGCGGUACAGGAAACUUCGAAAGGCUCGGAGGAACCGUCAAAAACAGGAAUAAAGAGAAAAAUUGAAGUCUUGAAGAGAGGAAACGAAGGGAAAGAGGCCAGAAUACCCAGCAAAUCAGAAAGGGCGCAGCAUAAGCCUUUCUCCUGCGACCUUUGCACAUUAGCUUUCACGAGAGCUUCGCACUUGGCGAGGCACAGAAGAGUGCACACGGGCGAGAGACCGUUCGCCUGUAGUAUCUGUCCGCGAAUGUUCGCUAGACAGGAUAAGCUCAAGCAACAUCUGGAUUCGCAUUUGCAGUGGCCGAAGAGGAAGGGUAGCAGUCAGACGGUAUCCUCGUUGCCGGGAAAGGGAAAACGUGGCAGACCACGUAAGGUAGUUAAUUUAGAACAAUCCGCGAUGGAAGAGAUUCUCAAGUUUGGCGAAUUUAGUUCGCUAUUGAAUAAAUCGCAUUCCGCGAAUUCGACGAAUAAGAGCGAAAAUGCUGGGAACGCCGCGGAUGACGGCAAGAGGAAAGAAGCGCUUCAAGAAGAGGACGACUCGUCUCAAAGAGAAAAGGAUAAUCGUGGUUGCCAAGUCGAAAAUGGUCAGGAUAUUGUUUAAUAGAAUCUUUUUUGCAAUCUGGAUUUAAAUAUUCGUAAAACAUAUUUUUCUAUCAUACAAAACCGCGCCGCGUGAAAGAUCAACGCAACGUAAUGAAGGAAGAAAUCUAUCGAGCUUCUACGAAAGGUCGUGGUAUCCUUUUCUUCGAAUUUAUUUCAAUUCAAUGAGGAUUAUAAAAUGCCUCCUUGUUCCAAUCGGUUAUAUACGUAUAAAAGUAUGCAAAAAGUCACAAGAACACUCGCGCUAUUACUGCGAAUUGUUUAACGUAAGUACCUGAGAUAUCGACUACUAACGUUAUUACCAAAGCGCACGAGCCUCCAAAGAAUUUAGAACGGCAUGAACGAGGGUUGAGAAAAUCGAUUAUUAUAAUCGACUCGACACAUCGUCACCGAUCAUUAGUAUCAAACGAUAAGAAUCAAGGGAUACCUGCGCUCUAUUAACCCGACCAAAUAAUGUGAAGAAUGGCGGCCUGACUUUCACUGUAAACAAUCUCGGUCUCUCGAUAUAUCAUCGCCCAAGAUACACACAUUACCGUACACUUAUAAUAUAAUUUUCAAUAAAACUCAUACGAUCUGCCAAUUGAUGGCCAACUCAAUUCAGUCGAGUUAGAUAAUAUAAUAAGAUGCAUGGGAUAAUCUUCACGUAUGGGGGCAACCGUGCAGCCUAUUGUACGAAAAAGCGCAUAAACGAUCUCAUCUCCUAACGUAAAAUCUUACAAAAAGCGCAUAACUUAAUAGUGUAAUAGCCAGAACGUAUUACACAAUGAUGUCUGAUACAGUGUGAGUCAUGCCUACGUAGUAAUAUUUUGUCAUACGCGCGAGUAUAUAAUAUGU